AUGUGUGCCUACCACUAUGAGCAGCGAGGUCUUCUGCUUGACGAAAUGCGCCGGAGCACCACCCAGCGCCCGGGGCCGCGCCGCGGCGCCGGCCUCAAGCCCGACCGCCUCAGCGCCCUCCUGGACGCGCUCCUGCACCACAUCAUGUCAUCCCUCAAGGCGUGGGAGGCGGUCCGCACCUGCGUGCUCGCGCGGCGGUGGCGCCACCUCUGGGCUUCCUCGCCCUGCGUCGACCUCCGCGUGAGCCACUCCUCCGGCCGCGACGCCGACUCGCCGGGGGAGUUCCGCCACUUCGUGCACCGCCUCUUCCUCCUGCGCGACGCGGCGGCGCCCGUGGGCACGCUCCGCCUGCGGUCCGGCGACGAGGACGCCGGCUACGACAAGAACGACGCCAAUGCGUGGAUCACGGCCGCCAUCAACCGCAACGCGCGGGUCAUCCAUCUCGCCGGGCAUCGCUCGGAGAUCGCAUCGUUGGACCGCGUGCGGUUCGUCUCCUGCCAUCUCAAGGUGCUGAAGCUGUCGUAUGCUAGGCUCGACGACAGGGUCCUCAAGCAGCUCUCUUCCAGCUGCAGGUCUUUGGAGGAGCUGGAUCUCAAGGAUUGCCUAGUGACGGGCGCCGGGAUUGUGUCUGCCUCUUUGAAGACUUUGAUCAUGCUCAAGUGCAAGACCAACUGUGCCUUCUCCGUCGCUGCUCCGAGCCUCCUAAUUCUGCGCGUCACCAUGCCUUACGUCCGAGUCCCAUCGUUCAAGAACUUGGGGUCACUGGUCACACGCAUUAUCAUACUGGAUGACUCUUUCUUGGGUGAUGACUUUGAACACAUCAGUGAUGAAGAUGACUGUGAUGAAACUACUGAUGAUGACGGGGGUGAUGGUGAUGAUAAUGAUUGGACAGAGAGCUCUAAGAUUCAUGAUGACUCUUCCUUGGGUGAUGAUUUUGGAUAUGAUCAUUUUAUAAGGUUUGGAUAUGGACAUACUUUUGCUGAAGAAAGUUACACGCAGGGUCGUUACAAGGAUAAUUUUGAUUAUGGCAGCUUUCCAGUAAAGAUGGUAACUAUGGUGGAAACAGAGAAUGCAAUGGCAGGAAGAUUUUAG